AUGUCAUUUUAUCUUAACAAACUAUCAGCAUCCUUUUCACGACCUUCGUCUCCAUCUCCGCAGCAGCAGCAUUUGUCAUCAACUAUUAAUGAACCAGAAGAUAAAUUAGCUAGAGAAUCCGAUGUUACAGUAAGUAAUAUAACAAAAGGACAAAAAUCAGAAUAUAAAGGAUUUUCAAUAUUUAUAAUAUCUUGUAAUUGUUUAAUUAUUUAUAUAUUAUGGAUAUUAUUAAAUGAUGAUAUAAUUAAAUAUAAAUUAUUUAUCGAUUAUUAUCCUAAUAAAUAUUGGAGUAUUGCUAUUCCUUUAUAUUCGUUGAUUUUAAUGAUUUUCAUUUAUUGGUGGUUAGCUUUAUAUAAUUUAGAAAUAUUGACUUUGAAAUUAAACGAUGUUAGAUGUAUAAUUGAUGAAAAUUCCGUAUUUCCUGAUGAAGUUGAAGGAGAACAAGAUGGAGAUGAUGAUAAAGAGAUGAGGUGUUUAGAUUAUAUUCAUUUUGCACCCAGUGGAGUUUGGGAUCUACCUAUUGGAUUAGUCAAUGAAAUAUUAUACCAAAAUGAAGAUACGUUAUAA